AUGGCAACCUAUAUCACCUCCUCUCACGAAUUCUCCCGCAUUCUCACCUCGCACACCGUUGUGAUCGCCGACUUCUAUGCCGACUGGUGCGGACCGUGCCAACGCAUCUCCCCCAUAUUCGACUCCCUCGCAAAGCAACACUCCAAACCAUCGCGCCUGGCCUUUGUCAAGAUCAAUGUCGACACGCACCAAGACAUUGCGCAGCAAUAUGGCGUGCGAGCGAUGCCCACGUUCAAGAUUAUCAACAAGGGAGGCGUGGUUGAAACAAUUCAGGGGGCUAACCCGCCAGAACUGACUGCUGCGGUGGAGAGGGCGGUUCGGCUUGCGGGGGCGGGGAAGGGUGCUGCUUUUGCUGGGGAGGGGAGGAGGUUGGGGGGAAGUCCGAUUGUUCCUAGGAGUGGAGGAAGAGGGGGAGGGGCAAGGAGUUGGGAUUUAAUGGCGUUGUUGGAGGUGGUGUUGAGGUUCGUGGGGUUGUACUUUUGGACUUUAUUUUCGCUUGAUCCGUAUAAGGCAGCUGAGAACUCGCCGUUUAAUGUGAAUAGGAAGACAAACACGCAAGCAGGGAAUACGGGCGCGACGAAGAGGCCUGCGGGAAGGCCGGCGUUUAAGACGUUAGCAGAUUUGAAGUCAGAGUAG